AUGGGAGACCCGCCCCAUCCCCGCCCAAGUGGGGCGGGAAUGGAGGGAGGUUUGGCCGGUGAUGGGGCGGGGAUGGGUAUAAAAUGUGUACCCGCCAUGGGUGAUGGGGCGGCAUCAUGGCAAUGGGUUUGGGACGAUUUUGGGGCGGGUAUGAAUAUCCAAGUGGGUGAUGGGGCGGGGAUGGAUCCUAUCUUGUACCCGGUGGGGCGGCUUACUACUACUACUGCUGCUGCUACUGCUACUGUUGCUACUGCUAUCACUACUACUACUACUACUAUUACUACCAUUGCUACCGCUGCUACUACUGCUGGUACCACUGCUGCUCCUGUUACUACUCCUGCUCCUGCUCUUGCUACUACUACUACUAAUGAAGAGUCCGUAGUAUAUUAUUAUAGAUUAUAG